ACGCCUGCUUUUUCACGCACCAGUGCUCACUACAAGGCUCCACGCCGUGUGUUUCCGCUGGAGAUUCCACUGCGGCUCCGUUAAAUCUGCUGAACGCGUUUUCUCCGCGCCGGUGGGUCUCGAGCGCAUUUGCAGCUGCUGGCUUUGUGCGUCGGCUGUGGAUUGACUUGAUGCAUCCUUUAAAAGCUCCCUUCGGGUUUUUAAGUUCAAGAAAGCACCGGGACCCUUUGCCGUAUCGCCUUGGACUCUUACAGGAUAAUUAAAUGUUAAUUUUCGGCACCGGCGGAGCGCGAGAUCUUGCAGGUUGCGGACGAUGCCCAGCGUCUUUUUAUAAAACACCUUGCGAAAACAACUUCACCUAAGGAACCCAGUGGAUAACCCCUCGAGAUUAUUUGCUGUAUCUGUGAACUCGGAAAGUGAUGGCAGACCCCCCACGGCUGCUCGUGUGUCUCGCGAGUCUCGUCUCUCUCCGGUUCUGCGCGGCGGAUCAAGGUUCAGAUAUUCGAGGCUUUACCCCGUUCCAGUUCAUGGUUGAACCCGUCGACACGCUGGCUGUACGCGGCCUCCCGGCGGUCCUGAACUGCUCGGCCGCUAGCGACGCUCCGGUGAGGGUGGAAUGGAAGAAGGAUGGGACGUUCCUGAACCUGGUAGCGGACGACCGGAAGCGGCAGCUUGCCGACGGCUCUUUGCUCAUCAGUACGGUGGUCCACUCCAAACACAAUAAGCCUGACGAGGGGGUGUACCAGUGCGUGGCCACCAUCGACAAUCUGGGCACCAUCAGCAGCCGAACCGCACGCCUCACAGUGGCAGGACUUCCUCGGUUCCUCAGUCAGCCGGAGGAUGUGUCUGUGCGCUCGGGUGGCACUGAGAUGCUGAGCUGCGAGGUGACUGAAGAUCUGGUCCCGUUCACCCGCUGGGAGAGAGACGGUCAGCCCGUGGAGCUGGACAGCAGGGUCAUACAGCUGCCCGGAGGAGCUCUGGUCAUCAGCAACGGCUCCCAGAGCGACGCCGGACUCUACCGCUGCACCAUAGACGGCCUGGGACCGGCCAAAACCACAGAGGAGGCACAACUACAGGUGUCUGCAGAUUCGGGUGUUGAAGAAGAGCUGGAGACUCUCCAGGGCCCUGUUGCUAUGGCGAAGGUUGCCGGGGAGAGCGUGUUGUUGCCGUGCGUCAUGAAGGGGUUCCCCGUGCCUGUGAUUCGCUGGACGUUUAACGACCGGCCGAUUGACGAGAGCCGUGAGCGUUUUGCUGUGAUUGGUGGAGGAAGCCUGCAGAUCGUCAACCUGACCCAAGAGGAUGCUGGGAUAUACGUCUGUCAGGCGGACAGCGGAAACAUGAGCAGCGAGAUCCAGGCCGAGCUCACGGUGCACGUUCCUCCUCGGUUCUUGACGAGACCCUCCAACACUUACGCCCAGGAGUCCAUGGACAUCAUCUUUGAGUGUGAUGUCACCGGGUCACCGCCGCCCACCGUCAAGUGGAUGAAGGAUGGAGACACGGUCAUUCCCAGUGAUUAUUUCAGGAUGAAGCAGCAUAACUUGCAGGUUUUGGGUUUAGUAAAAUCAGAUGAAGGUUUUUAUCAGUGUUUAGCGGAGAACGACGCUGGGAACAUCCAGGCCAGCGCUCAGCUGAUCAUACUGGAUUUAGACGUUGCCCUUCCUUCUGCUGUCCCUUCCCUGACCGAUGACAUGACUGAUGUAGCGUCCAGCGCGUCCGAGCGCAGCGACCUGACGCCCUCCGCCCCUCGUGAUGUCGUGGCAUCUCUAGUGUCCACUCGGUUCAUCAAGCUGACGUGGCGACUUCCUGCCGAGCCACACGGGGAGAACAUCACCUACUCUGUGUUCUACAGUCUGGAAGGCACUAACAGGGAGCGUGUGGAGAACACCAGCGGGCCGGGAGAGAUGCAGGUCACCAUCCAAAACCUCGUCCCAGACACCAGGUACACCUUUCGGGUGGUCGCGUCCAACGCUAACGGCCCGGGCAAGAGCUCCACCCCGCUAACACUGGCCACCCAGCCGGAGGUUCAGGUCCCGGGUCCGGCUCCGAAUCUGCAGGUGGUCUCUGUCAGCUCGUCCUCGGUCACUCUGAGCUGGGACAGACCGGUGACCGGACACGGAGAGAUCCUGACCUACAGACUCUUCUACAGCGAGAAGAGCCGAGCCGAGGAGCAGCAGGUGGACGUCCCGGCUCCGUCCUGCACGGUGACGGGGCUCAAGGCGUUUACAGAGUACAGUUUCAGGGUGGUGGGGUACAGCAGACACGGCCCCGGCGUCUCCACCGAGGAUGCUGUGGUCCAGACGCUGUCUGACGUGCCGAGCGCCCCCCCACUGAACCUCACUCUGGAGGUCCUGAACUCAACGAGCAUCAUGGUCCGAUGGCAGCCGCCCCCCGCAGGUGCUGUGAACGGAGAUGUGACGGGGUAUAAGAUACGCUUCAGGAAAGGUCCGAGGAGAGCAGACGCAGUGGAGAUGUGGAGCACACAGCUCUUCCAGAUCCUCCAGGGUCUGGAGAGAGGACAGCUGUACAGUGUGAGAGUGUCGGCCAGCACCGUGAACGGAUCUGGACCGGCGAGCGACUGGAGCACAGCCGAGACCUUCCAGAACGACCUGGACGAGUCUCAGGUUCCAGGAGUCCCCAGUUCUCUUCAGGUUCGUCCGCUGGUGAACCGAAUCGUGGUGAGCUGGACUCCUCCAGGAAAUCAGGAGGUGUUAGUGCGAGGUUAUAAGAUGGGAUACGGGAUCGGCAGCCCUCACGCGCACACGGUCAGUCUGGAUUACAAGCAGCGCUUCUACAGCAUCGAUGACCUCGAUCCCAGUUCCCAUUACGUCAUCACCCUCAAGGCUUUCAACAACAUGGGCGAAGGCAUUCCCAUCUACAACAGCGCCACCACCAGACCCCAGACCGACCCCAUAGACCCUGAUAUUGAUUUCUAUGAACUCUUUAAUAACCCAUACACCCCAGCACCUGACCCCGCACCCAUGCUGCCCCCGGUGGGUGUCCAGGCCACCGUCCUCAGCCACGACUCGGUCAAAGUCAGCUGGGCCGACAACUCACUCGCCAAGAACCAGAAGAUCACCGACUCCAGAUAUUACACCAUCCGCUGGAAGACCAACAUCCCCGCCAACACCAAAUACAAGAUGGCGAACACCACGACCCUGUUCCAUACGGUUACGUCUCUGAAACCCAACACGCUUUAUGAGUUCUCCGUUAUGGUCACCAAGAGCCGCAGGAGCAGUACAUGGAGUAUGACGGCCCACGGGACCACCUUUGAGUCCAUUCCCAGCUCUGCUCCAAAAGAUGUGACCGUGAUCAGUAAAGAGGGAAGUCCACGAAUCAUCAACAUCAGCUGGCAGCCUCCGACUGAAGCCAACGGCAAAAUCACAGGGUACAUCAUCUACUACAGCACUGAUGUGAGCGCUGAGGUCCAUGACUGGGUGGUGGAGCCCGUGCUGGGGAACAGACUGACCCAUCAGAUCCAGGGGCUGACGCUGGACACCACGUACUUCUAUAAGAUCCAGGCCAGAAACUCCAGAGGCAUGGGACCCAUGUCAGACGCGGUGCAGUUCCACAGCCCUAAAGCAGAACCAUCAGACGAGAUGUCCAGUGAUCAAGGGCUGCAAGUCAAAUCCGGUCCCCCGACCCCCCCGGAGCACGGGAUCGGAUCAAACAUGGAUAAAGCAGGCAUCCGCGGCAGCCAGGAGAAGCAUGUUCUGGUGAUGGUGGUGAUUGUGUCUGUUGGUGUGUUCACUAUCAUCGCUGUGAUCGUGGGAGCCGUCCUGUGCACACGCCGCUCCAACUCCCUCCAGAAGAAUGUGUUUGUUCUCAGGAAGCGAGCGGCCUGUAAGUCCAGCGCUGGUUCACACAAGUACAAGGGUUCAUCUAAAGAGCUGAGUCCUCCUGAUCUGUGGAUCCAUCACGAGCGUCUGGAGCUCAAACCCAUGGACAAAUCCCCCGAGCCCAACCCCGUCCUGACAGAGACCCCCAUCCCACGGACCGCCCAGGAGCCGUCCCAUCAGAGACGGGGUCAAGAGACGGAGGACAGUCGGAGGGGAGUGAGACCCAAGAUGAUGAUGCCGUCCCACUCUCAGCCUGUGAUUAACGCUCACCCCAUCCAUUCCCUCGAUCAUCUUCAUCACCAUCAUCAUCAUCACUAUCACCUGGCGCCGCGUGGCUACCUUCAUCACCAGAUCAGCCUGAGAGCACCUGCCUCCCCGAGCUCUUCCUCACACACUCCUCCGUCUGCAGAAUGUGUGAGGAAUCAGGCCCCUGCACCUGAAGCUCCGGUGGCCCCCGGUCAGCCCCACACUACAGCGGAUCUACAGAAGACAGAGACGCUGAUCGGAGAAGAGCCGAGCACACACCCACUCAAGAGCUUCGCCGUGCCAACCAUCACUGUUUCCGCCCAUACCCCGCCCCCCUACGAGACCGCGUUACCCAGCACCCCUCUGGGGCCUGGUGUGAAGACAGCGUCUGUCGGGACAUUAAUUCGAGCUCGAGCUCCGAUGGCAGUAACAGUCCCCAGUGCUCCUGACCAAUCAGAAAGCAGCAUGAUGCUGGACUCGACGGAUGAACUCUCAGAGGAGAUGGCCCACCUGGAGGGUCUGAUGAAGGACCUGAACGCCAUCACCACGGACUGAACCGCUGCAAUCACUCACGGCUGAACCGUGUUCUCAGGAACGACCGGGACAUUUGAAUGAACGCUGAUCUCAGAUCAGCCUUAAGAAUGACUGAAAACAGAUCACGGAUUCAUCUUCUGCAUCCUGCAUGGAAGAGAAAUCUGUAAAACGAUCAAAACUCAAUGCCAUUUUUCAACUUGGAUGAACCGUUCUGCACAGAAAUCCUUUUACAUUUUUUUUUUUUGGAGGAUUGUUUUUGCAUAUUCCAUAUUUUUACCCUGUAUACAUAUGUUUUCAUUGUCUGCAAGGUCUUUUUAAAGGACAAAACCUUGCAUGCUCAAACUUUGGGCUCCAUUCAUGAAAUGCAAGCAACAUAAUUUAGUGUAAAUUAUGCAUAAAACCAUUCGUAUGUAAACUUGUUGCAUUCACAUCAAUGCAAAAAUUUACAUAAUGAACCAUUUAAACCAAAAUUUGUACAUGGAUCAUGAAUAUGAAACCAUUCUCACAUAAAUUCACAAAACCAUCUUUGCGUAAAUUGUCAAAUGGACAUUUUCUCAGUGUCUGUCGUUGCAUUAGAAUUGAAUGUCGAAGAUUUACAUAAGAGCAGAUAUUGAACAAUUUACAAAUAAUCUAUGAACAAUUGUUUUUGUUUGCUCAUGAACGUUUCAUGGAUUUUCUUUUUCAGUUUCUUACAUCAUGUUUAAAUGUUUAAUCUCUGGAGGGAAAUGAAGAUUUGUCGUCCUCACACGCUGGUAGCAUUAAAGUCCAAAUAUGCAUUUUCCAACAUGGACAUGCGGACAUCUUGCAGAUCUUGCUUUAUGGCCAUCUUAAUUCAGACUGAAUCGAGUGACGAUGAUGUUCGGUGCUUCAGAAACUCCUCAAACGUGAGACUUUGUGAGAACGGAGAUGUACGUUCCUCUUCCUCGGGACCCUGAUGCCUGUUUUUGGGGCCCUAGAGAUUCAUCAUGAAGGAGUUUAAUGCCAGGUGACUCUCAGAUUUUUGUACUUUGAGAGCUAUAUAUAUAUAUAUGACAAACUGCAAAUCUUUGCUUAUGUGAGUACUUUGUACACUCUCAAAAAAGGAAAUGUUUUAUAUAUAUAUUCAUCUUCCUGUUGGUUUUUAUAUGAAGAUGACACAUUGCUUUGUAAACAUUUUCCAUGUAAGUUAUGAAGGGUUAAAUUGUCUGCGUUGUUUUCACCGUGCUGUUUAGCCAAUCCCUUCUCCCAAAGAAUGAGCGAAAGAAAAUAUCAGCGACAAACUCUGCCUUGCUCGUGUAGUUUUUCGAGUCAUGAAUGUCAAUGUGGCUGUAACAAGGUAAGCUUAUGAAUACAGUUGUUUGUGUUUACAAUAACGGGGGAAGAUUAAAAAAAAAAGGGAAAAAAGACACCGAAUUAUGAUAUAUAGUGUACCAUCAACUGGCAUUUGCACUUUUUAUAUUUUGGAUUUUAAAUGAACGCUGAUGACUUGUGAAAUAUGAACCUAUUUUCUGUAAUGAUGUCACAAGUAAACAACUGGUUUCAAAGACA